AUGAUGAAUAGCCAAGACACCGGUAGAAUUAAGACUGAAGACGACGCCAAAGGUUUUCGAAAUGACCCCCAUGGUCUUCUUCCAACCCUUGACGAACUGUCGGCGGCGCGCCCCCCGGGGCGACACCGCGCAGUCACGGAAGGUGUAAUUCACAUCGCACUCUGUGAGAAGUGUUUGGUCGGUGCGUGUGCUCUGCGUCGUCGCGCGGGCUACACUGACGUUGUUCCUCACCGAGAGAGUACCGUAGAGCCAGGGGACGGUCGCUACGGCCGCUACGGGGGUGUUGUUUGA